UGGYGGACAAGUGAUUUUCUGAGUGAUUUUGAUUCGAACAAAUAUUGACAACAAUUUCUKUUACGAUCUAACUAYAUUAUCAAGCCAAGACAGACGAUAUGUCACAACCUAGUCGYGCRCUCCCKCAAAGYAAAGAAACUUUGCUGAAAUCRUACACKAAACGGUUAAAAGACGAUGUAAAAUCGAUUCUUGACAACUUCACAGAAAUCCUCAAAUGUUCCAAGGUUGAAGAUGAAACACAGGUAUCYCGUGUCACACAAGUUGUACAAUACCAGUAUGAAUCAAAUGUCCGUGCGGCAAAUAUAGUAAGAGCAGGAGAAUCUUUGAUGAAACUAGUAUCCGACAUAAAAGAAUUCUUAAUUCUGAAUGACUUCCCWUCAGUCAAUGCCAGUAUAUCAGACAGAACGGCAAGAUUGACAACAAUACAACAACAAACAGACAAACAACUCAUGAGUUUGAAAGAAGACAUGGCAGUUACUUUGUAUGAAUUAGAGGAGUCUUACUAUUCUUCACAAUAUCACUGAACUCACGACUGCACACUGGAAUCUCUAUCUAACAAAGCAAGCUAUAUCGAAGAAGGUCCAGACAGAAGAUAGAAGCAUUGGAACUAAAGCAUUGGAGAAAGUGAGAAAGGAAUUCUUCUGUUCUUGUUAAAUGGCAUUAUUUAAAAGUGACCAUAAGCAAGUAUGAAAGACGUUUUUUUUUGUAAAAAUGUGUAUAAAAUGACAUCCAAUCUGUAACGUUUCUUCUAGUAUUGUCGUAUUGUAACCAACAGGUACGCUUUGGCGACUUAGCAGACGUUCUAGCAAUUUGCUCUAACCGAACUACAAAAAAAGGCCGGCCGCGAAGGCUUAUUAUCGAGAGAUUAACUAAAGAGAAAUAAAUUAAAAAUUUUGAA